AUGAAGAGACUCCACUGGGUUCAUGUUAUCUUGCUGUCGACGACCCCGUUGAUUGCGCUCUAUGGAAUGCUUACCACCGCGGUCCAGGUGAAGACCCUUGUUUGGGGUGUCCUGUACUACAUGUUCGCUGGCCUCGGCAUCACCGCCGGCUACCAUCGCUUGUGGGCGCACACCGCGUACUCGGCGACAUACCCCCUGCAGCUCUUCCUGUCUUUUGCUGGCUCGGCUGCCGUGCAGGGCUCGAUUUUCUGGUGGGCUCGCGACCACCGUGUCCACCACAGAUACACUGACACGACCCAAGAUCCCUAUGAUGCUCUGCAGGGCUUCUGGCACUGCCACAUUGGCUGGAUGCUCGUGAAGAAGGACCGCUGCCGUCUUGGCUAUGCCGAUACCUCUGACCUGAAGACCGACCCCCUUGUCCGCUGGCAGCACAAGUACUACCCCCUGCUCGUUCUUUUGUUUGGCGUUGUUGUCCCCACCACAGUGGCUGGUUUGCUUUGGGGUGACUGGCGCGGUGGAUUCUUCUACGCCACUGUUCUCCGCAUGGUGCUCCUCCACCACGCUACUUUCUGUGUUAACUCGCUUGCUCACACCAUUGGUCGUCACACCUACGACGACGUCCAGACUGCUCGCGAUUCGUGGAUUACCGCCCUGGUCACUAUGGGCGAGGGAUACCACAACUUCCACCACCAGUUCCCCAACGACUACCGCAACGCCAUUCGCUUCUACCAGUACGACCCGACCAAGUGGUUUAUCCGCACUAUGUCGACCCUCGGCCUUGCUUACGAUCUCAAGACCUUCCCGGCCAACGAGGUUGAGAAGGGCUUUAUCCAGAUGCGCAUGCAGGAGCUUGAGAACAAGCGCACCAAGCUUGUCUUUGGCACUCCCGUCAACAAACUUCCUGUCUACACCGAAGAGGAGUUCCUCGACCAGGUCAAGACCUACGGUAAGCAGUGGAUGGUCAUCGAGGGCUUUGUCUACGACGUCAAGCCUUUCUUCAACGACCACCCCGGAGGCAAGGCUCUGCUCAAGGGCGGCAUUGGCAAGGACAUGACCGAAGCGUUUAACGGCGGCGUUUACCAGCAUCACAACUCUGCUCGCAACCUUAUGAACACUUCGUUGCGCAUUGGUAUUCUUCAGCGUCUGUAG